UCUCCACCAGAUCACCAGGUAUCGACUGGAGCGCACGCCUACCUCCACACUCCCAAUCCUCUUCUUCCUCAACAAACAACCAAUAAACAAUUCAUCCCCCUAAAAAAAUUAAAAUUAAAAACCCAACGAAAAUGUCAACAAUCUCCACUUCCUCCUUCCUCCUACUCCCCAAUUUCCAAUUCCCAUCAUCACCAACCAAAACCAAACUCCACAAUGUUUCCCUCUCAACAAAACCCGUCACCAAUUCAACAACCCCUCUUCUCUUCAAACCCCAAAAGAGACCCAGACCCAUCAUGGUCCAUUGCACCCCAACCUCGGACUCCGACCUCGACUGCGUCGGCACCGGAACCGACGUUGAAUGCCUUGUCUCCGAAGACCCAAACUCACUCCUUCAACCCUCGAGCUUCGAUAUCGAAUCGAAAGCUAAACAAGAAGAAAAAGAUGGGGUGAGCAAGAUCUUGGAGUGGCUUCUUUUGGUGUCCCCCUUCUUCUUUUGGGGGACGGCCAUGGUGGCAAUGAAGGGGGUGAUACCGAAGACAGGCCCGUUCUUCGUGGCUUCGUUCCGGCUAAUUCCGGCGGGGGCUUUGCUUGUUGGGUUUGCGGCGGCUAAGGGAAGGCCACAGCCUGCUGGAUUUCUUGCUUGGGUUUCAAUCGGAAUGUUUGCUCUUGUGGAUGCUGCCUGCUUUCAGGGGUUUCUUGCUGAGGGGCUGCAGAAGACAUCGGCGGGAUUGGGAAGUGUCAUCAUUGACUCACAGCCUUUGACAGUUUGCAUCCUGGCAGCACUAUUAUUUGGAGAAUCAAUUGAUGCGAUUGGCGCGGCUGGUCUUGUGCUUGGUGUCAUUGGGCUUCUCCUUCUUGAGGUUCCAGCACUUUCAUUUGAAGGAAACAAUUCAACAAUAUGGGGAAGUGGAGAAUGGUGGAUGCUUCUUGCAGCUCAAAGUAUGGCUGUAGGAACUGUCAUGGUUCGUUGGGUUUCCAAGUAUUCCAAUCCUGUCAUGGCAACUGGAUGGGUAAGUUGCAUUUUGUAUUACCUAGGGUUCAUGUUGAUGGGAUGGAUAUGAAAUUUGAAGUCAGUGAAAAAGUUCAAUAGUAGGCAAUCACUUUAGUGAAAAACAAAGCAACUAUGGAGGGAAAAUAUUUUCUGCAUGUGUUUCAGUAUCUAGCCAUUUUGAUUUGUGGUGUGGGUCUUUAAAUGUCACUAUAACGGGAAUCUGAAACCCAGGUAUUCUGAGAAACAAAUUUACAAUCUGCAUCUGCUUUUUAAGUGUCAGAGUGAGUUCGAUCCAUGUAUACGUAAGUUGUUGUAGAGUUUCACUUUAAAUGCAUACUUACUAGCUA